UGUGUGUGUGUGUGUGUGUGUGUGUGUGUGUGCGCGCGCACGCCCGCGCGCAACACACAGCGCCCCUGGGUCUGUGUUUUCACUGCACUUUCCUGUUGGUUUUCAGCUGCCCCGCCAGCUCCAGGGAGGGCACUGGGCCAGUGGCUGUCCCCGCCUUUAUAAAGGGCUGGUGGGCCUUGGGGAAGCGUGCACAGCUGCCCAGCCUGGAGACACAGAGAAGCCCUGCCCUAUCUUCUGCUUCCCCUGCGGGCAGCUUAGACCAUGGGAGGCCCUCACAGCGUUGCAUUGUUCGUCUUUCACGUGCUGUGUGUCUUGCUGACUCUGUCGGAAGCUGGGUCCCGGAACACCACGGCCUGUGCUAGGCAGUGCCCUGCAAACUCCUCAUGUGUCGGUGGCGACGUCUGCCGCUGCGCUCCGGGAUUCAGUUCUUCAUCUGGGGAGGACUUCACCGACACCUUCGGCAGCUGUGAUGACAUCAACGAGUGCGGACCACCCUUGACAGUGUCCUGUGGAAAAUUAGCAGACUGCCAGAACACGGAAGGGGGCUAUGACUGCAUGUGCAUCCCAGGAUAUGAGCUUACUUCUGGGGCAACAGUGUUCAAGAAUGAGAGUGAGAACACGUGUCGAGAUGUGGAUGAAUGUCAGCAGAAACCCAAAGUCUGUAAAGGCCGCAGUGUCUGCAUCAACACGCCGGGCAGCUACAUCUGCCGGUGCCCACCUGGCUUGAAGCUCAACCUGGAGGACCCAAGACAUUGCACAGAUGUGAAUGAAUGUACCUCGGGGAGAAACCCAUGCCACAACUCCAGCCACUGCUUCAACCUCGUGGGCACCUAUAAGUGCCACUGCCGUCCAGGCUGGAAGCCAGUUCCUGGGGCCCCCAGCAGCCCAAACAACACUGUCUGCGAAGAUAUGGAUGAGUGCAGCUCCGGGCAGCAUCAGUGUCACAACUCCACCAUCUGCGUCAACAACGUGGGUUCAUACACGUGUCGGUGCCGCCAAGGCUGGGUGCCCAAACCCGGAUUCCAGGAUAAGCAAAUGGGCACCAUCUGCGAAGAGAUCUCCUUCCCCACCUGGACCGCACCCCCUGAAAUCAAGAGCCAGAGUCUCUCUGACUUCUUUGAAAGAGUCCAGAAAAUGAGCAUAGACUUCAACUCAGCCUUGCCUCAGGAAACCAUCCAGUACCUCAUCAUGUCACUGGAUGACCUGUUGAAAACCCCAGGGGACCUGGAGGCCUUGGACCUGUCUUCCAGGCACCACACAGCCACCUACCUGCUCUCAGGCCUCGAACAAAUCCUGAGGACCCUGGCCAAAGCCAUGUCUAAUGGCUCCUUCAUCUACCAUUCUCCUGGGGACACAGAGCUGUCCCUGAUGGUCCAGGAGCAGGGGAAUGGAAACAUCACCGUGGGCCAGAGCCAGGCACGGAUGCUGCUGGACUGGGCCGUGGCAGCUGGAGCCGAGAAGUCCGGUCCCACCGUGGUAGGAAUCCUCUCCAGCCCGAACAUGCAGAAAUUGCUGGCCAAUGCCUCUUUGGACCUGGACUUGGAGAAGCAAACCGAGCUGAAAGAGAUCUACGAAAGUCCUGUCCGCGGUGCCCAGCUCAGGCUUCUUUCAGCCGUCAACUUGGUCUUUCUGAGCAACACGAACACAGAUAAACUCAACUCCAAGGUCACCUUCGCCUUCUCCCACCCUUGGGAGAUGCCUGGGACAAGGCAGGAGCUGAUCUGCGCCUUCUGGAGGAGUGACAGCAACAGGAGAGGGUACUGGUCCACCUCGGGCUGCCAGACGCUGGGCAGCGGGAAUGGCAGCACCACCUGCCAAUGCAAUCAUCUGAGCAGCUUUGCCAUCCUCAUGGCCCACUACGAUGUGGAGGACUGGAAGCUGGCCCUGAUCACCAAGGUGGGACUGGCUUUGUCGCUGGUCUGCCUGCUGCUGUGCAUUCUCACCUUCCUGCUGGUGCGGCCCAUCCAGGGCUCGCGCACCACGGUGCACCUGCACCUCUGCAUCUGCCUCUUCGUGGGCUCUACCGUCUUCCUGGCGGGCAUCGAGAACGAAGGCGGCCAGGUUGGGCUGCGCUGCCGCCUGGUGGCCGCGAUGCUGCACUACUGCUUCCUGGCCGCCUUCUGCUGGAUGAGCCUCGAGGGCGUGGAGCUCUACUUCCUCGUGGUGCGCGUGUUCCAAGGCCAAGGCCUGAGAAAGCGCUGGCUGUGCCUGAUCGGCUACGGCGUGCCGCUGUUCAUCGUGGCCGUCUCGGCAGCCAUCAAGAGCCAGGGCUACGGCCGCCCCCAGUACUGCUGGUUGGACCACGCCAACGGCUUCCUCUGGAGCUUCCUGGGACCUGUGACCUUCAUCGUUUUGUGCAAUGCUGUCAUCUUCGUGAUUACUGUCUGGAAGCUCACUCAGAAGUUUUCUGAAAUCAACCCAGACAUAAAGAAACUAAAGAAGGCCAGGGUGCUGACCAUCACCGCCAUCGCCCAGCUCUUUGUGUUGGGCUGCACCUGGGUCUUCGGCCUGUUCCUCUUCGACCAGCGUAGCUGGGUGCUGUGCUACACCUUCAGCAUCCUCAACAGCCUGCAGGGCCUCUUCCUCUUUGUGCUGUACUGCCUCCUCAACAAGAAGGUGGGCUGCAGGGCGGGCUGCGGGCGGGGCUGGGACCCUAGUCCCGGGGCCCCCUCCUCCCCUGACCUGGCACCCUGUGCCCCACAGGUGAGGGAGGAGUACCGGAGGUGGGCCUGCAUGGUCACCAGGAACAAGUACUCCGAGUUCGCCACAUCCACCUCUGGGUCUGGCUCCAGCCAGAGUCAGACUCAGGCCCUCAGGCCCUCAGAGUCUGGCAUGUGAAGGCGCCGUCCUGGCCGGGCCAGCGGCUCCCGUGGCCUCCGCAGCUCCUGCACAUGCUGAAGACCUCCUCUCCUCUCCCACUGCUCUGCUCCCUCCUGCCCUGGUCCCCAUACGCACCAUGGAGAGGAGGGUGACAACUGCCACCUGGCACCGUACUCCAGAAUACCCAGCCAGGGUGGAGAGCCGGACCUACUGGGCCUGCUUCUGGCUGCCUCUCAGCUCCACCCUAGCCAGGACCCAGGGCAGGGGCAGAAGCUGGCCCAGGACUGCAGCCCCUUGCCCUGGCACACAAGGCCCAGACAGACUGAGGGCUCCUGUGCCCAGCCUGGCCCUCCCCGCUCAUCUGUCUUUGCUACAGAACAAGAGGCCAGGGUGCUGGGGCUCAGCACCGGUUAAGCUAAGACUGAGGUCAGGGGUGGGAGAAGGGCAGGGCCGAAGGCUCAUGGUACAGAGGCCCAUCUGCCCCCAGGGCAGAGGGUUCUCACUGAUGUGAAGGCUGUGGAUACUGUGUAAUGUUUUUUAUCUGUAUAAACCUUUCAGUGUUGACACUUAAAAUUAAAUAUCACGUUGACAUA